GUGACGCUCCGUUGCGGCCUACACCUCAGUGCAUGGGAUUGCGCAGGAGUGGAGUAUCUUGCUCCGCUCUAUGAUCUUUGAGGCCAAUGUUGUGCGGGACCAGGGCUGCGUCUGCGUCUGCGUCUGCGGGGCGGUUGUUGGUUGCUGCGGUGGAACGGGCCCGGGCGCCACGGAUCCGGGAUGGCCGCCCGCGUGUGGUUGGAGCCCGGCUACAAGUGCCUGAGCGACGAGCCGGUGCGGGUGCGGGUGGGCGGUUUGUCGCCGCUACAACCGGUCACCAUGAGGGCCGGCCUGAGCGACGAGAAGGGCGAGACUUUCGGCUCGGCGGCUUUCUACCGGGCGGACGAACGGGGCGAGCUGGACCUGAACCGCUCGCCAUCCCUGGGCGGCCACUACACCGGCACCGAGCCCAUGGGGCUCUUCUGGUCGCUCACCCCCGUCAAACCUUUCAGUCGGCUGGUGAAGAGGGACGUGGCCGGAUCGCCGCUGCGGGUCCACAUCGAGGUGUUUGACGGCCACGACGGCGACCCCCAGGAGCGGCCCCUGGCCUCCUGUGUCAAUGAGCGGUGGUUCAUGAAGGAAGGGGUGACCAGGAUCCCGGUCAGAGAGGGCAGGGUCCGCGGGGUGCUCUUCGUCCCACCCGGUGAUGGUCCAUUUCCCGGAAUUAUUGAUAUGUAUGGGUCAGUCGGUGGAGUGGUUGAGCACAGAGCUAGUCUCUUAGCAAGUCGUGGAUUUCUGACAUUGGCUCUAGGAUAUUUUGGAUACGAUGACCUUCCAAAGGAUUUUCUUAACCUUGAUCUUGAAUAUUUUGAAGAAGCUGUGAACCUUCUGAGGCACCAUUCAAAGGUUAAAGGUCCAGGAGUUGGAGCAAUAGGAAUAUCAAAGGGAGGAGACCUAGCUCUUUCAAUGACCACGUUUAUUCCGCAUGUGAUAGCAGCGGUCAGCAUUGGUGGAUGCAAUGCAAAUACCUUGGGUAACUUGCAUUACAAAAACAUCACUCUUUCAGGCUUGGGAAUUACUUUGGACCGAGCAAAAUUUUGUGAAUCAAAUCUAAUUGAUAUCUCUGAAGUGACAAAUAAUCCAAAGGAUGAAGAAAAUAAAGAUUGCAUCAUCCCAUUAGAAAAGGCUGAGGGUCAUUUUUUGUUUGUGGUUGGAGAGGAUGACAAGAAUUGGAACACACCUCUCUUUGCUCAGCAAGCUGUUGAACGACUGAAAGAAAAUGGAAAAAAUAACUAUGAAAUUCUGACUUACCCAGAGUCUGGACACCUCCUGGAGCCUGCAUAUUUUCCAUUCUGUUAUGCCUCUUUUCAUCCGUUGGUAGGGCUACCUGUGAUAUGGGGAGGGCAAAUGAAACCACAUUCAAUAGCCCAAAUGGAUCUUUGGCCUAGGAUCCAACGAUUUCUAAGAAAACAUCUGGAAAAACAAAGCAAAUUGUAAAAAUAUCUACUUCAGGCAUUAUUGUGUAAUGAAUUCCACCUGUCAUUUUGUGCACUAAGAAUAAUUGUAAAACUUCACCACAUUGAAAUUAGUAAUUUGUUCAUAAUG